AUGAUUGGAAGUCAACGUGGUUUUAUUGCUCAUUUAAAAAAUGCAGUCCCUGGGAUUUUAACAGUUCAUUGUGUCAUUCAUCGUCAACAUUUAGUAGCUAACAAUUUAAGUAAUGAAUUUUUUGAUACCAUGUGGUUUGUCAUAAAUGCUGUUAAUAAAAUCAAAGCUAAAUCAUUGAAUAACCGUUUGUUUCGAGAAUUAUGCCACGAAAAUGAUGAAGACUUUGAAUGCCUUGUUCUACACACCGAAGUUAGGUGGCUAUCAAAAGGAAAUUGUUUGAUACGCUUUUAUAAUUUAUUUCAAACUAUACUAGAAUUUCUGCAGCCAUUUGAUAAACAACUUUACGAUGAAUUACAUACAAGAGAGACGAAUAUCCUAGCAGAUAUUUUUGAAAAACUUAAUGAGGUCAAUAAAAAUUUGCAAGGUGAUAAAAUUAAUUGUAUCAAAUCUAAGUCCAUUAUUAGUGCAUUUAUUUCAAAAUUAAGUCUUUUUAAAAAAAAGAUUAGUCGUCGUGAAUUUAAUAAUUUUUCUAACUUAUCAAGAUCAAAACAAAUUUUAGAUUCUGACUUAGAAAUAUACUGUGCACACCUUGAAUUCCUUAAAAAUAUUAUGAGUACUAGAUUUAAGGUUAUCAACGAACUGAUUAUACCAAAAUGGGUAUUGAAUCCAUUUUUAGCAGAUAUACAAAAUGUCCAACCAUUAUUUCAAGAAGAACUACUCGAAGUGAUGCACAAUGAAGAAGCUAAAAUCGAUUUUAAACAUAAUGGAUACGAGUUGUUUUGGCUCAAACAAAAAACUGUGUACCCUCAACUUUGGAAAGAAGUGGAAUAA